AUGGACCACUGCAACGGCCUCCUCCUGCUAUACGACGACUGGCUGUACAACCCUGCCACGGACGAGGUUGCGAACUUGCCUGAACGCCCGACGACUCCACGCGCGGGGAUGGAGUUUGUCACUGAGCACGAUGUUUGUUCAUUCCUAGCGUUUGAUCCUACUGUUUCAUCACACUACGAGGUGUUCUUGAUCCCUAGUGUUCCUUGGGAAGAAGAUAUAGUUAAGCGUGCAGCAGGUAGUGCCGUGUUGCAUUCAGAAUGGCCACCGUCACCAUGCAUCCUAAGUGUCUUCUCGUCGAGGACGGGGCUGUGGGAGGACAGAUCAUUUAGCCGACAAGGGGAGGCUGCAGGAAAAGUCGCUGACAUUCAACUGGACCAGAGAUCCGAGCCAUAUAGGCAUGCUGAAUACUGGCGGGGCGCACUCUACAUCCACUGCCAAACUGACUUUGUCAUGAGAAUAUCAUCAUCAAAUAGCACAUACCGAGUAAUCAAACCCCCAAUAAGAGGUACUGAAGUACUGUCUAAACAUUCAGAGUUCUUUCUAGGAAGGUCUGAGAAGGGGAUUUACUAUGCAUUACUUGAUAACCACCGCCUGAGGGUCUGGAUCCUUGACGAAUCAUGUGAUCAAACUCAUUGGAAAUUGAGACAAGACACUGAUCUGGGGCCAUUUCCAAGUCUAAGCUGUGACCAUGGGCCUUGGGUUUUAGAAAAUGCUAGCUCUGAUUAUGAAAGUGAAGACGAAGACGAAGAUGAAGAUGAAGAGCAGAUGGAAGAAGAAUUUGAAUGGAACUCCGAUGAUGACAAUAUUCCACCCACUAAUGAUAUGGAAGAAAAGUGUAACGCAUUUAUGGGAAUCCUUGCUUUUCAUCCCUACAAAGAGAUUAUCUUCUUGGAUAGAUCAUCAAGAGUAUUGGCGUAUCAUUUGAGUAGCUCUAAACUUGAAGCGUUGGGCAACUUGUUUACAAACGUUUAUCUUUCAAUGCAUGUAUAUGUGAGGAGUUCUUUUCCAUACACGCCCUGUUGGAUGGGAGAAUUGCCUCAAACUUUUAAGUAA